AUGGUAACCACAAUUACAACUACAACUACUAUGCAACAGUCAGUGAUUCCAAACAUUCCAGUCAGUGCCCGAUGGGCACGAAAUGGAGUGACUGUUGCUGGAGGUGAUAUACAAAGUGAUUUCACCUCUAAUCUCUGGUAUCCAAUGGGUUUGGUUCUUGCUGAUGAUCAAACGAUGAUCAUUGCUGAUAACUGGAAUCAUCGUAUUAUCCAAUGGAAGGUAGGUGAUAUAAAUGGACAAGUAGUUGCUGGUGGUCACGGUGAAGGAAAUCAAUUGGAUCAAUUGAAAUAUCCAAGCGUUGUGUUGAUUGACCAUGAGACGAAUAGUCUAAUUAUCUGUGAUCAAGGAAAUCGGCGAGUCGUACGAUGGUCUCGACGUAGCGGCACAGCUCACGGAGAAAUCAUCCUCGACGACAUCAGUUGUCGGGGAUUGGCCAUGGAUAAUCAAAGAUAUCUUUACGUAUCUGACUACGACGAACAUGAAGUCAGACGAUAUCAAAUGGGAGAUAUUAAUGGAAUUAUCGUGGCCGGUGGCUAUGGCAAGGGUGUUGGACUUCAUCAACUCAACUCUCCGACUUGCCUCUUUGUUGACCAACAACAGACUGUGUACGUGUCGGACAGCAAAAAUAAUCGUGUAAUGAAAUGGAGUAAAGAGGAACACGAAGGGAUUAUGGUUGCUGGUGCUCCAAAGAAUACUGCGAUAAACUUGUAUUUUCCUCGAGGACUCUUCGUCGAUGCGUUGGGUACUGUCUAUGUAGCAGACUCUUUGAAUCAUCGAGUGAUGCGUUGGCCUCAAGGAGGGAAACAGGUCACCAUCAUUGUGGAUGGCUAUGGAACAGUGGUAGGACCAACUCAGUUGAACAGUCCUGUUGACUUGUUGUUUGAUCAGCAUGGGAAUCUCUGUGUUGUUGAUUCUGGGAAUCAUCGGAUCCAACGGUUUUCUAUGGAAUAG